UGGUAAGGUGCUUAAUGAGGAGAUGCAUAAUAUGCAUGUUAUUUUUUUUUUUGACACAACUCUUUUUAGAGCAAUUCACUUUUAUUUGCUUAAUAAAAAAAUUUUUUUUCAGUCUCCUCCGUAAACUUAACCUGUCUUCUUUCUUCCUUCGUUCCGUUCUUGUAUGAAAAUUAUCGUUUAUGAAAAACAAGUUUUAAAAAAAAAAUUCACGCUUAUUUAACUUCUCUUCGUUGAGAAAAAAAUAGUUCACAAACUAUAUUAAACAUAUACAUGUUCGGAAUUAACAAAAGAACUCGAGAUUUCAAAAAAACGACGACCUUUACACCUUUUUAUUUUAUUCUAUAAACUAAACUAUUUUAAAUAUUUUUUUUAUUUGUAAAGUUUUAACAGGUUUUAUGAACAAAUUUUUUGUAUUAAUUUUACUACUGGUAGUAAAUUCAAAAAAUUUUGUUCAAGCACAAGAUCCAGAAACUUGUUCGACUCAAGAUGGUUCUCCUUGCGUAAAAUUAAAUGAUUUAUUGGCUCCUUGUGAUACGAAAUUCGGUCCUCCUCCUAGUAAUGUCUCAUCAUUAGAAUAUAAUAGUGCUACUGCGAGUUGUAUGUGUAAUCAAGAAGCGUAUGAUACGCUAUCAUCUUGUAUAUCAACAUGUUUUUCAAAUGAAAAUCCUAAUAUAAAGACGGCAAACUUUGAAGAUUAUCAAAGAUCUUGUCGAAAUUUUGGUUUCAUAUUUGGUCCACCAAUAAAAGAUCAAUCAUUAUCGGAUAAGAAUGAUACUGCUGGUACAGCGAAAAAAGUCUUAAUAGGAAUAUUUACAAGUAUAUCAUUCCUUAUAGUUUUAGGUUUAUUAAUUUGGUAUUGGAAUUCAAAGAGAUCAAGAGCACCUAAACAAAAAGCAAAACCCCAAUCAUUUGAUGAUGUUUCAAUUCACGAACAAAUGACUGUUCAUCAUCCUGCUCCAGGAAGCGGAACUCCUGUUUCAUCAUUACCAAACGCUGAUUAUAAUCCUACAAGUCAUACUGGUUUAUUCCCUCCUCCUGGUACUGUACAAAAUCCACAUCAACAACAACAUCAACAACAACAUCAUCAUCCACAACAACAUCAUCCACAACAUCACCAUCAACAACAGCAGCAUCAGUAUCAACAGCAACAACAACAAUAUAAUCGUCCUCCUCCUCCACCACAACAAUAUUCUCCUUCAUCACAACCAUAUUCUGGUGGCGCCCCAUAUCAUAAUGGUCCACGUUAUAAUAAUUCAUCUCCUCCACCUGCAUCACAGCAAGGUUAUUUCCCUCCACAACCACAACAAACUCCUUAUCAACAACCAUUUCAACCACCUUAUCCACGUCCACCUCCUAAUAGAGUUCCUUAUCAACAACCACAUCAUUCUAGAACAAAUUCUCCUGGUAUUGAUCCUAGUUAUCCAAGAAAUUCCCCUUCUCCUCCUCAGAAUUAUUAUAAUCCAAAUAAUUUUUAUGGUGGUGGUGGUGGUUAUUAG